UUGCUGCCUCGCUGUGGCCGUGAGGAAGUGUGUGUGCCCGUGGUGUUGCCUCUUACUCGCUCAUUCUCUCUAAACUCAACUACAGCACGUUUUUAAGAGCGGGUGUUCAGUGCUCGAGGAUUUUAGCAGCAAUAGAAGGGAGAGUUGUAAUACUAUAUGAUCACGUGUUCCUCCGCUCCACUACUGGCAUUUCUGCCUACCUUGGCUUGAAUUUUGUGCACUUCCAGCGGCGUCGUCAGACUUGGUGUGUGCCGCGGCCGCGGGAGAUGCUCCGCCCACGCCGCCCCUGACGCCUCCCUCCACGCUGCCUCCCCGGCGGGGGCGGCGCCCACGGAAUGUUGAGGAGUUGCCCCGGCCCCUACCCGCGGCACUGAUGUCCCCAGGACCCCGGGACGCCUCUAUGCUAAAACACAUGCUGACGGUGGCGGGGCGACAAGCGGCGGGGGGCGGGGCGGGAACUCUGGAGGGGCGGCGCUCCCUUGGGGGCGGGGCCAGCCAGGGCCCGAGCGGGGCUACCUUGCCUGGCCUGCACCAUCACCACCUGCACCUCCAGCAGCAGCAGCACCUGGCCUCGGCGCCGCCACAGCAGGUGCUCAGUGUGAAGGUGAACGGCGCGGCGGGCGGGCGCCAUCACCCGGCGCUCAACAUGAGUUCCCUCUCGUCGUCCAAACACUCGGUGGGUGGCAACUCGGGGUCCGGCAGCCCCGGCACUACCACGGUGACGCGUACCACGGGCCUGGACCACUCCCGCGACCACUCCCACCUCACAGACCUGUCCCACAUCUCCCACCUGUCGCCCAUCCCGCCCGCCGACCUGUCCAAGGUGACGCUGGCCAGCAAGCAGCGCGCGGCGGGCCUGCUGCCCCGCUUCAUCACCCUCACCCGCGCCUCCUCCUCCCGCGUGGCGCUCACCUCCCUGGGCCUGCUGUGCCUCACCUCGCUGCUGCUUGCCCUACUCGCCCUCACCUUCCUCGUGGAGCUCACGCCCCUCGCUCUGGACGCAGACAGUGUGCAGGAGGUCACCCUCGCCCUGGCCGCCCUCACACUCUCCCUCGACCUCAGCUGCCUCCUCAUCUGCGCCGCGCAGUUCAUCUUUGCCAUCAAGCUGGCCAAGUCACCCAACGGCGAGGAGCGCAUGACUAAGUACUUGCGGCAGUCGUCUGUGUCUCGAGUGUGUGCUGUGGGCGGCUUCUUUGUCUCCGUACCUAUCUUCCUCACUGGCGUGAUUCUGUACACCUUCAUCCACUUCCAGUCCACGCCAGCCAUCCUUACCUCGGUGUUCAUUGGUGUGGGCAUCAUCUUCUGUGGGUGUGCCAUGAUUCACAACGUCUUCAUCUGGCAAAAGGAGAAGACGAAGGCGGUGGCGCAGCAGAACAUCCAGCAGGCGGUGAGUCAGGACGGCAGGCUGCGGGAGCUGAACGCCUCGCCGCUCCCCAACGCAACACUCGACUUGUCCGGCGUCACUCCCCCCCACGAACUGUCCACGCUGGUCUGAGGCGGCACUAAAACAAAUUCCCUGCGGAACCUCAACACGGGAAUCUCACACAUGCGCUCACAUACGCCCGACUCCUCCGCUCUGGUGGCGCGAACAUCAGGGCAGGAAGGACAGACAUAAGGGAAGCAUGGGCGUUUGUGAUUGCUCUGAGUUUCCCGCCGCAGUGUGCAUCCCGUGACCGCAACUCCAAGCCUCGAACGAUAGUGAAGCAAUGAAGCACCGGGAAGUUGUUUUUCUUGUUUCAUCCGAGUGAUUUCUUCAAGACCUCAUGUAGAAAUAAGAAACAGACCCCCUUUUUUACGCUCAGUUGGAUUACGUGGCAGAAUUUUUAAGUGAAAUACUAACUGAUGAAUCUUGAAGAUAGAAACGUAAUUUUUUUACGUUUGUGUUGAAAAAUGCAAGACUUACUGAAGUUGGAAAUAAUCCAUACUUUUUUUUUUUAGCACUUUUUGAAAAAAAAAUAAUAAUAAUAAAGAAAAAGAUGUCGAACCGUUUUGAAUUUCCAGUGAAUGACAAAAUUACUUUAAACUUUCAAAGAUGAAAAAUGGAUAUAGCAUAAUCCUGGUGGUGUGUUGCAGAGAAGACGCGCAAGUGUUAGUGAAAGAACCCCUGAAGCUGAAACAAAACUAUACGGGUGUGUCGACUGUAGAGGCUUUAUUCACGCGUUUAUGACUUCUCUCGGGUGUCUCCUGUGACCUCAUCUGAUUGGCUGGACGGCGUCAUGACACAACAAAGCCGCGUUCGUGUGUGCGGGAAGUCAACAAUAAGAGUGACCAGUGAUGGAGGAUAAAUUAAGCGGUGUCAAACAAAAGUGGAGCGAGAUGCGAGUCUCCCAGUAAUCCAAAGAAGAAAGAGAAAGAAACUGAGCUGUAAAUGAGACAGAAAAGACAUGACGCUGAAAUAAACAAGUGACGAGCACUGAACUCUAAAAGAAAACUAUAUUUAAUAAAGUACAUUUCUUUAUAAACCUCAUUUUAGGCAAGAAAAACUGAUUGAUACUCUGUGUUUGUGUGUGUGUGUGUGUGUGUGUGUGUGUGUGUGUGUGUGUGUGUGUGUGUGUGCGCGCGCAGCCACAGGACUUUCUACCACGUUUGUGUCUUGAAAGUGGGUCAUAUUUUUUCAACACCAAAGGUUAAACAUUUAUUACUGCCAGUCCAUCAUAUCACAUACUGUAGCCCGUGCACCAGAGAGAGAGAGAGAGAGAGAGUGUGUGUUAUUAAUGAAAGGAAAUGUAAUAGUGUGCGUUGUAAACAAGAGAACCAUUGUUUGUUGUUUUUUAGAUGAAUAGAUGAAUGAAAAAAAUUUGAGAGAUUGUUAUUGAAGAAAAGAUUUGCAAUGAUUUGUAAACGAGACAACUCUUCUAUAAGCUAAAAGAAAAACGCAAGAGAGAGAGAGAGAGAGAGAGAGAGAGAGAGAGAGAGAGAGAGAGAGAGAGAGAGAAUGAGAGAGAGAGAGAGAGGUUGUGUGCGGGGAAGUGGAAGCUGGUGUCACUUGGUGUUCGAGGCAUUAACUCGUAAAUUCAAGUACAAAUAUGGACGUCUGUGGAACCUCUUUCUGUACUUUAUAUUUUCAAACACACCAAGACCUGUAGCAUUUAUUCUUAGCUUUAUAUGAACGGUGUAAAUAGUUUUAUAUGUAUAUUUAUCAAAGUGUAUAUAUUUAUUUCUCUG